AUGGCAUACUUGCGUGGUGGUGAUCGACCCUUUUCAAUACACAAGAUUUUGAAGAUGCUACUCGCCCCCCAUCAGUCCAACAAGCCUGUUCAGCAAGAUACAGAUAUGCCUGAGGACGUCGAUGAGCCUCCUGAUCACCAUUACUUGAAUACCUCUCCGAUGAACGUCGACGACGGUGUUGUCUACGUCAAGUCCCCUACCGCCAUGAGUCGUGGCAAGGAAUCACUCCUCACACGUGCCCUCAAGCACAGUCCCGAACUGUCUCCUGCCGACCACCAGGAACAUCCAUUCUACCGCUCGUACCACUCCGGCAACGUCAGCGGAAUUUCGACCGCGGAGCUGACCAGCGAUGGUGGACUCACGAGCCCAUCGUUGUCUAACACUCCAAGCCCCCCGCUGUCUCCUCAACUCAACGGUAGACCUGAAUUAAAUGCGGCGGAGUCCACUGUGGAGGCCAAUCUUGGACGUAAGAGAUGCAUCAGCUUUGCCUGCGGGCGUAAGGCUGAGGAAACGAAACCUCAACAACCUACAACACCGGAAUCGACUGCCACUUCGACGGCAGCGGAGCCCCCCAAGCGGAAGACGGUGCUUACUUUUGUCUGCCCAGCAAGAGAUUCCUGCUCGACAAGAGAACGGCCUCCUGUUCGCACGGCUGCUCUCAGGUCGCGGCUCCGUGGAUCGCCUGCCCCAGUCGUCCGCAAGGCGUCUCCGGAGAAAGAUGUGUCUUUGUCGAUUAAGGCACAGCAAGAUGAGAAGCCAUCGGCAUCAAACAGUCAAAGAGGUGUGCCUGUGAAGGGCCUCGGCAAGUUUGAAGAGUCUGAGGCGACCCGGUUCCACGAAUUUGCCAGCUCCGUUAGCGAGGAUGAUGAGUGGGUCACCAAGGUUGGUGAAUUCACAGAGAAGAUCACUAUGAGCGAUUGCAUGAGAAAAGAAAUCGCCAUCAGAAAGCUCGCAGAAGAAGCGGAGGAAGAGGCGCUUGAGGAGGAAGACGACGAGGAGUAUGAGGAUGACGCGGACUCGACCAUCCAUGACUUCUCCUCGGAUGAUGGCAAUGAAUCCGACAAUGAGGCUGGCUUUGCUGAUUCAGACGAUGAGAGUGAUGACGGUUCCGAGUAUGGAUUCUGGGCGCCUUCGACCACUGCUGCCACCAGCCCUCAGACGUCUCGCCAGGCACUCGAACGUCGCGGCUCGAACACUUCUUUAGAUUCUAUGACUGACGAUCCCCGCAAGAAAUGGCCCCCAGCACUCGCGUGGAAGGCAAAUGGUCGAUCCCCUUUCAAACCUCCCCCGGUCAAGAUGCGCCCUGGUACUCCCAACCUACCCGACAGCACGGACUUUGUGUGUGGCACAUUGGACGAAGACCGUCCUUUGGAAGUUGCAUAUAAGUCUUGCAUCGAGCAACGUCGCCUCUCCAAACAAGUCAUCAUUCCUCAGGAUAUUGAUCCCAGCUUUCCUACAUCGGACAUUGAUGAUCAAGAUGACCUGGAAGAGGAUGAGAUGGAGCUGUCGUUUAGGGCUGAUGAAGCAACUCGGGGAAGAACUGGUGUGGAUUCCGUGCGUCAACAUUCGCCUCGUUUGUCUCCCAAGCGAAUGAUGUCCCCUCCCCCGCGCCGUGUUGGCCGCAUGUCCCCGAGACGUCUUCGGUCCCCUCCACCGCCGGUUAAGAUGGGUCCUUCCCAAAGUGGCGAUGGUGCCUCGGAUGACCAACUUCCCUCUCGCCCGCCCCAAGGCGUCAACAUCAGUGAAUUGGUUCAACGCCCCCUUAUGACUCGCACCAAGUCUCUGCCUCGAACUCCCAACCCUUUUUUCACGUCCCUCGACCGGGCUCAUCGGUGGUCACCCAUCGCCGACUUGAAAGAAUCGCCAGAGCGUGAAUCAUCCUGCACUCGCGAGGUGCACACUAGAGGCCCGAUCGACAUAGUCGAAGGUCUGGAGAAGAAGCGUCAGAAGCGAAGGGAAAAAUUCUGGCGUCAACAUUGCCGCAAAGCUGCCAAAGAGCAGAUGGAGCGGCGACCAACCCCUGGAAAAGGAGCUGAACGGAUGAAGGAGCUUGGCCUCGAAGUUGCUGAGAGGUUCAGAGCUUACGGUGUCGGUCAAGAUGCCCAGCUCGUCCUAUCUGUUUAG